AUGCACAUUGCCACCAAGUGUCUCAAUCGACUAAUAAAAAACAUCUCACAAAAGCCUGAGUUCAAUCAUCUCCACAAGGACUUUCUUACGGAGUAUGAGGCCAUGGGUCACAUGCAAAAGGUCCCAGAUUCAUAUCAAUCAUCUCACAUCACCUACUAUCUACCUCAUCACGGUGUUCUUCGUGAAGAAAGCACAACAACGAAGCUGAGAGUCGUUUUCAACGGCUCCAGUAAUACUACUCCAGACAUCUCACUAAAUGACACACUUCACACGGGUCCAAAACUGCAGUCUGACAUCUUUGAUGUCUUACUGUAUGUCAGAAGACACCAAUUCAUUUUCAUCACGGACAUCACAAAAAUGUUUCGUCAAAUCGAUGUUCACCCAGAUGAUUGGGACUAUCAACGGAUCCUCUGGGUAGAUGAUAACAAUCAAUCUCAAUCAUAUCAUCUCACCACCAUUACAUCCGGCACUCGGCCAGCACCAUAUCUCGCUGGCCGUGUUCUCAAACAGCUGAUCAUCGAUGAAGGAGAUAAGUAUCCACUAGCUGUUGAACCUUUUGAAAAAGGCAGUUACGUGGAUGAUAUCUGUGGAGGCGCUGAUAACGUCAAUCAUCUCAACAACAUCGCAUCUCAAGUGGAAGCAAUAUGUCUUUCUGGUUGUUCUCUACUAGCCAAGUGGAAAAGCAACCAUCCUCAGUUCAGCAUAUUGUCAUCAUCUAACAUCUCAAAUUCCCACGAGUUCAACGAAUCGACAUCCAAAAUUCUUGGACUGUCCUGGAAAUGUCAACCAGAUCAUCUCACAUUCACUGGUCAUACAUCUCAAAAGGCUGCCAUCACCAAAAGAUCAAUUUUAUCUGAAAUAGCCCAGUUACUUGAUCCACUGGGGCUCAUCUCACCUGUAGUCAUCAAUGCCAAAAUCUUGAUGCGAGAUCUAUGGCUAGAAAAAAUUGGAUUGGACGAUUCACUCUCACCUCAGAUGAUUCACCGUUGGAAGAAAUUCCGAGAUAAAUUACCUGAAUUAUCUCAACUUAAAAUUCCUCGCUGGCUUAACAUCUCAUCAGACACCUCAAACAUCGAGAUCCACGGAUUCUAA